AUGGAGCGAAACUCAUCAGACGACGAAGAAGAAGACCACCAGCAUUUAAUCCCACAGAACGACACUCGCAAUCGCCGCCGGGAAGACCCGCUUUCCUCCACCACCACCAGUCCGAGAUCGGCGUUCCAGAUCGAAGACAUUCUAUCGCGGAGGAAGAUCUCGCUCAACAAACGGUACCUCCUCGCCGCCGUCUCACUAACCAUCUCAAUUGGUCUCGUCUUCUUAUUCACCGAUCCUCGUCAGCUAUUCUCGGCGAAUAUCUCCAAUUUCAAGCUGGAUCCAUUAUCGAAUCGCGUCAAGGAAUCCGAGUUUCGCGCUCUGUAUCUUCUUCGGCAGCAGAAACUCGCGCUUCUCUCUCUUUGGAACGUUACGUUGGUGAAUUCCAAUUCCUCUAGUUUGGGAUCCUCUGUGUUGUUCGAGGAUGUGAAAUCUGCUGUUUCGAAGCAGAUUUCAUUGAAUAAAGAGAUCCAAGAGGUGCUUCUAUCACCACACAAGACCGGUAAUUACUCCGGCGACGGCAACGGAACCGAUUCUGUUCUUAGCUCAUACAAUAGAUGUAGAAAGGUGGAUCAAAAGUUAUCAGAUCGGAAAACAGUAGAGUGGAAACCGAGAUCAGAUAAGUUUCUUUUCGCUAUAUGUCUCUCAGGCCAAAUGAGCAACCACUUGAUUUGCUUAGAGAAACAUAUGUUCUUCGCCGCGUUACUAGACCGAGUUCUUGUGAUCCCAAGCUCCAAAUUUGAUUACCAGUACGAUAGAGUGAUAGACAUUGAUCGGAUUAACACUUGCUUGGAAAGAAACGUUGUUGUUUUUUUCGAUCAAUUCAAGGAGAAGGCGAAAAAGAACCGUCCUCGAAUCGACCGGUUCAUAUGUUACGUCUCGAAGCCACAGCUUUGCUAUGUGGACGAUGAGCACAUCAAGAAGCUUAAAAGUUUAGGGAUCUCCAUUGAUGUGAAGCUUGAAGCUCCUUGGAGUGAAGAUAUAAAGAAACCAAGCAAGAGAACUGUGGAAGAGGUGCAGAGAAGUUUCAAGUCUGAUGAUGAUGUGAUUGCCAUUGGAGAUGUUUUCUAUGCUGAUAUGGAGCAAGAUUGGGUUAUGCAGCCUGGUGGACCUAUUAACCACAAGUGCAAGACGCUGAUCGAACCAAGCAAGCUGAUUCUGUUGACCGCUCAGCGAUUUAUACAGACUUUCUUGGGAAAGAACUUCAUCGCGCUUCAUUUCCGUAGACACGGGUUCCUCAAAUUCUGCAAUGCGAAAUCGCCGAGUUGCUUUUAUCCGAUUCCACAAGCUGCAGAGUGUAUUGCGCGGAUAGUGGAAAGAUCAAACGGUGCAGUGAUAUAUCUUUCAACAGAUGCAGCAGAGAGUGAAACGAGUCUGCUUCAGUCACUAGUUGUGGUAGAUGGCAAAAUCGUGCCACUUGUGAAACGUCCGCCGCGUAAUUCAGCUGAAAAGUGGGACGCAUUGUUAUAUAGACAUGGUAUUGAGGAUGACUCUCAGGUGGAUGCAAUGCUGGAUAAAACGAUAUGCGCCAUGUCCAGCGUCUUUAUUGGAGCCUCUGGUUCGACUUUCACGGAGGAUAUCUUGAGGCUAAGGAAAGAUUGGGGAACGUCUUCUAUGUGCGAUGAGUAUCUAUGCCGAGGCGAAGAACCAAACUUCAUAGCAGAAGAUGAAUGA